AGAAAAGGACAAAUGAUUCGCUCUUUGCUUCAUUUUUUCCGAGCAUAAACAUAGGUAGCUUCAUCUCAUAGCGUGACUUUGAAUAAUUUGGCAAAAAAUCGAUCGUUUAAUCGAUUAUACAGUGACUAAAUAAUCUAAAUACAAUCUAUUAUAUUUUAGAUUAAUUGUAUUCAUAGACAUAGAAAAUGAUUGUAUUCGAUUCAGUCUUGUUAAUCGAUAUAUAGUUGAUAAUUAGUUAUUAUCGAGCAGCUGUCAAACUAAACCACAGACUAAUAAAGAAAACGGCGUCGGGUUAGGUUAUGUUGGUACUUUGUAGUUGUUUACUUGUUUGUUUAUUUCUAAAUAUUGCGAUUAUAUUCUUUUGCAAAUGAACAUACAGUGAUAGAUAUUUGUAGCUAGGAAAAGAAUAAAACUUGCAAAAUGAUGCAGGUUGUGGAAGAACUUAAUACUUUACGGCUCGACGUUUUAGACGAAGACUGGGUACAAGGUAUAUACUACUCAGAAUUUCUUGAAUUUGGAGAGUUUCCGUCAGAAUAUGAAAGUAUAUUGGAAUCACUUGAAACUCGAACUGUGUUUAAAAACAUCAUGCGGGCGAUUGAUAACUGGCUUAGUUCAGAUGAACCCGGCAAUGAAGAAAAGUCCUGGGCUACUUUAUCUCAUCAUAUACCACACCAGAAACUACUAGCCGUGUUGGCUUAUUUCAUAGAUUAUGGAACAAAGAAUAUUCUUACCAAAGAAUACAGGAACAAUGCCCUGUUGGCAUCCAGAGUGUAUUAUAAAUUUUUAUCAAUCUCAGGGUAUAAAGCGUAUCAUAUCUACCACUCGCAGUUGUUUGCCCAAUCUCUGGCGUGCCUUGGGUAUCCCAAAGCAUUAUGUGAGCAUGAAGACAAUUAUUAUAACAGACAAGAUCUUACAGCAGAAGUAAACUCUAUAAUUAAAGAGUUAAGAUUCUUCGUGCUUGACUUAAGAGUUAUAAUAGAGUCACUACAGCUGAACCCUUCGGACAUGAAUUUUGAAGAUAUACUCGCCAACUUGGUGGAUGUCACUGGUGGUGCUAUUGUAAAUAAACUACAUGUUGACAAGAUUGAGUUCGCAAAAAUAGCACAAGUGAUAUAUGAGAUCAUAGACAUUCUGAUUUGCGAUGCGAAUGGAGAGCCGAAUGCAUCGGCAAUCCAACUGCUGUUUAAAACUAUUGUACCCAAACUUGUAGCAGCUUCUGUUGACAGCAAGAAUGCUAAUAACCUUGUCCGAGCCUCAUAUGUGACCUACUCAGGCCUGCUACUGAGCAGGUAUGGCAAAGCAGCCCUGCCUGCAUACGUAAUGUUACUGCAACACCUGUGUCACAAUCUUGAUGGUCUGGAACGCUCCGAGGUGCGCCAAGCCCGAGUAUCACUCGUAGUGGGGCUGAUGAGCUUGCUGCCGAACAAGACGUACAGCUCCACAGUCAAAUGGCUGCUCAGCCUCUCCACCACUAGCAAGAUACCCCAUCGACACAUUGCGCUGGAAAUGCUAUCAAAAUUGUUGACCAAUGAACCAGAAGAAGAAAAACCAAAUGAAGAUGAUCCAGAUGACCCCAGAGAAAACCCAGAGGAGCCUAGGGAAAACCCGGAGGAGUCUAAAGAAAACCCAGAUUCUCCAGUCACUGGGGGUGGCGAAAAUCCUACAGCGCCAGCUGCGGACGAGCCGCUACCAGCCGUCUCCACCGAGGACGACAGCAGUCAAGACAGCCAGAGCACACAACCUGAUCCGGGUAGCGAGGUGUCAGCGGAGGACAUCGCGGGGCUGCUGCGGCAGCGCGCGCAGACGGCGCCGUACGCCCGCAUCCUGCGCGCCGUGUACGAGCGCGUCAACGACUCUUCGUCCGCGCUGCGCACGCGCGCCUUCAACAUCCUCGCCGACUGCCUGCAGAGCGACCGCGCGCCCAUGAAGAAGGCUAUACAGGAGCUGAACGGGUCGGGCGAGGUGUCGCGGCUGAUGGCGGCGGCGGCGCGCGGCGUGGGCGACGAGCGGGCGGCCGUGCGGCGCGCCGCGCUGCUGCUGGUGCAGCGCUCGCUGGCGCGCGCCGCCCAGCCCGCCAGCCUCGCGCCGCAUGAUCUCGGGAUCCUGGUGGGCUUGUGCCGCGACGCGAGUCUCAUAGUCCGGACGGGAGCCGUACAAGCGAUAGGCGAGCUGUGCACGGAGCAACCGGGAGACGCCGUGUUCGAUGCCUUCCUCAACGGACCCAUGCAUCAGCUCUCCGACCCUGAGACUAGGGUUCAAGAGCAGGUGGGCAGCCUGAUAGAGCAGCUGCUGGUGCUCCGACUGCAGAAGUAUGAGGGCGGCGCCGGGGAGGACCCGCGGCCAUGGCUGUUCCUGGCCGGGAUCACGCGACACAACAUGCGCCGACACCUGCAGAAGGCCUUCGCGCAGCUCGCUAAGACCACCCGCUGUAUUACCCACCGCACGGUGGACGUGCUAAGCACGCACCUGGGCGCGUGCGACGAGCAGCGCGACCUGUACACGCUCGUGUUCCUCACCAGCGCGGCGCGACACGUCAACUACAACGAAAUCAAGUUCGUGCUAGACUACUACUACAAGAUAUCUGAAGACAACCAGGUCCAAGACGGGCGGCUGAUGCGGCUGACGCUGGAGCUGCUGACGUCAUGGUCGCGGUGGGCGCGGCUUGCCGAGCGCACGGCGCUGCGCAACUACCUCGUCACGCAGCUGGCCUCCGCCACAGACCAUGGUUGCAGACUGUCGUGUGCAGCGCUAGCGGCUCACCUGGACCCCCACGAUCUGACUUGGGCAACGGAAUUGUUGCAAAUGUCUGAGCGGCGCGCAGCGAACAGUAUGGAUGUGGAAGAAUGGCUGCGGGCCGCUGACUUGUCCCUAGUUGCGCCUGUACCGCCCGUGCCCACACUGCUGCAGCUGUUCCUGAACGCGCUGCAGAACCCACCACCUGAGUGGUCGGCGGCGGCGCUGGGCUGCUGCGUGGCGGGGCUGGGCCGGCUGUGCGUGCGGUCCCGGGACGCGGCGGCGGCGGCCGCGCCCGCGCUGGCCGCGCUGCUGCAGGCGCCGCGCGCGCCGCUCGCGCCCAGGGUCAACGCGCUGUUCGCGCUCACAGACAUAUGCACCCGAUACACGUGCAUCGUGGAGCCGCUGCUGGGCUGCGUGUGUGGCUGCCUGGCGACGCAGGCGGCGCCGGAGCUGCGGCGGGUGGCCGCGCGCUGCCUCACGCGCCUGCUGCUGGCCGGGUACCUGCGCCUGCGCACGCCGCUCUACUACCGGUACUGCGCCCUGCUAGCGGACGACGACCUGGACGUGCGCGAGCCCCCGGAGUACUACGUCACGUGCUGCCUCACCGCCGACGCCAUUUACCACCACUUCGUCGACUGCGUGCUGCACUACAACAACGAUCCCUCCGCGUCGAUAUCCUUCGACGCGCGCCAGUUGAUAUACGACGUGAUGCUGCAACGACUGUCACUCGUCCAGCGACUGAACGUGCAGUGUCGACUGGCCACCGAGGUUCUAGAACACGCGGCCGACAUGGCCGACGAGGGCGACGGGGAACUGUCGCCGGGCCUCAGCGCAGCACUACUCGAUACCAUCACGCUGCUCUGCGGGCCCAGGAUGAAACUACCAAGAAAACCAGAGAAGGCUGGCGGUGAUCCUGGUGACAUAGACGAUUUGCAGGAACGAGUGACGACAAACAUUGUUUCCCAUAAAAUGAAGCGCACGGUGGCGGAGGUGGUGGUGCCGGCAGUACUAAAACUUUACUCGAAGCUGGGCGUGCGGGGGGGGCAGGUUGCCGCCUACCUCGUGCGCAUCGCCAACGACCUGCUCGCGGACUAUCGACAAGAGAUCGAGGAGCUCAUAGAAAUCGACGAGGAACUAGUAGAACGCGUGCGACACUUCCAAGAGACGAUCGGUGUCGCGUCCACAAUAGGCAACACGCGCAACCUCGUGACGUCAUCGACCACGCACGAGCCCGAGACGCCGCGCGCGCCUCGCAAACGCGGACCGCAGCGAUCCGCACGGUCGCCGCCCAGGAAACGCGCACUACGCAUUUGAUUCGGAUUAUCCGGCCAGACAGGACCGGAAGCUAUAGAGAUACUAGCUGAACAAGUCGCCAUUAUCAAUUGCACCUACACUUUGGACCAACAAAAACUAAUACAACAGUUAACGCAGACGGAAACCGCUGACCCUUCGGAACAGGCCGACUUGGUAAAUAUACCACAGGCGACGCCCGAAACGUCGCCCGUUGCCGACCCCGCUGGACUGAAUACGUGCCAUGGAAAACGUCUUCCCCGAUCGAUUUCUCCUAUCGCCGGCCCCUCCUACUGGCCCGAUGUGAUGGAUGAGGAGGUAAUCGCACCUCCUUUGUACAUAUCUGAUACGGUUAGCAUACAAAAUCUCAUCCGAGGAAUAUCUCCAAUUCCUGGUCCUUCACAUCGACCCGACGUGGGGAAUAGAAAUCAACCGAUGCUACAAAUAUUGCCAAUCCCGGUGGAGCCACGUCGACGGGACAUGACUUUGCAGAAAAUUACGCCAUUCACUUGCCACUCACCUGAUGUAAUGGAUCUGCAAGAACCAUCUCGACGAACAUCUACACCUCGCCAAGCACACAAACAGUUCAGAACAACGUCACCAAUACCUGGCCCCUCCCACAGACCUGACAUAUUGAUUACCGACGAACGACCAACACCGGUGAGCCCUAACCGAUCGCACAGAUAUAUAUCACGAGAAAGGUCACCGAUUCCUGGACCUUCUCACAGACCCGACACAGAAAAUGUAAGAGGGCGUUCAGGACACACAUCACCAAUGCCUGGAUCGUCACAUAGAAAUAUAUCACCGAUUCCGGGGCCUUCACACAGACCUGACAAAGAAAUAAGAGAACGUUUGCGACAUACAUCACCUAUCCCUGGUCCCUCACACAGACAAGGCAGAGAUAUGUCACCUACACCAGGGCCUUCGUCGAGACCCGACACAAUGGCUAUGAAAGGGCGAUCGCGGCGGCCACCACCCAUCCCAAUGGACUUGAUAUGUCAAUCAGGUCGAACGUCACCCAUAACAGUGACUAUACAACGUUCACGUCGACCACCACCGAUCCCUAUGAAUAUAAGAGAUCUAUCAGGUCGCACGUCUCCCGUCACAGUGAGUGUAGAUCGGUCACGACGAAAGUCGCCGGUCGCUGGCUCAUCCCAUUGGCCAGAUACUGUGUACAUCUCAGAUAGUUCACGACCAACCUCGCCGACCCCCGUCUAUCCACAAUGGCACAGGCCGACACGACAAAUGUCCCCGAAUCUUGGUCCAUCGCAUUGGCCUGACAUAAUGACUGUACCAACGAGAGAAAUUUUGCCGACGCCUUACCCGGAAUGGCCGCCUAAUACGAUACAAGAUUGUGAGGACGCGGUACCUGUAGGGGUAACAUCCCCCAUUCCCGGCCCCUCGCACUGGCCUCCCGAACUCACAGCACCGAGGAUAAUAUACGAAAAGCGACCUACUGAGAACUAGCGCUAAAUGCUCGCAGCUAUUUUUUAUUAUACUACAAAUAUAAAGGCCGUAACUUCAAACCCGAAUAAAGGUGUCAUAUUUAUUAUAUUUACAACUCAACAUUCUGACAUCAAUAAAUCAAAACUUUUUAUAUUAAGUAUAUUUAUGUUACAUAACUAGUUUUAAGAUCCUUUGUGCUCAUUUGAUCUAUUAUGGUAUGAAUGAAUGCAAAAAAUGCUCUAAGCAAAAUCGUGUUUUUCGACCAAAUGUCUAAGGAACUGUUACUAAAUAAAUGUAUUUUAUGACUAUUUUC